AUGGCCGACGAAGACAAGAUAAUGGAGGUCUACAAGAAGAUCGAGCGUGAGAAGUCGCUGAUCCAGGCCGCAAACCUCAUGCGACAGCAAACAAACAACGACACCGUCCGCUCCAAGCUCGACACCCAGAUGCGCGAGGGCAAGAGGAAUCUCGAGUUCUUCGAGCAAAAGCUUCAGGAGCUUCAGCUACGUCGGGGCAUGCAGGGCAUGGACAUAGGCUCCGGCAGCUCUGGCUCACGACCUCACGGCGCGCGCUCCGACUCAGAUGCUCCUCCCACGCCUCCGCCCAAGGAUGCAUCCGGUCAUGCAACCUCUGGCGGCGAGACCCAGUUCAGUCAGAUCGGCGGCCACAGCGACCUGAUGCCUCCCCGUCAUCCAUUUGCACCACCCGGCCCAGGAUCAGGGGGCCCCAAACCACGCCCCAACUUCACCAAGCUUGACCUGAUCAAAUAUGAUACACCCUACCUUGGGCCCCGCAUCCAGCUCAUGCUCUCUCAGAUCCAGUUCAAACUGAACGUCGAGGAGCAGUACCUGAAGGGUGUUGAGAAGAUGGUGCAGCUGUACCAGAUGGAAGGCGACAAGAAGAGCCGUGCCGAUGCCGCAGCCAGGAAAGUCGAGAGCAAGCAAAAGAUAACUCUCUUGAAGCAAGCACUGAAGCGGUAUGAAGAGUUGCACAUCGACACUGACAGCGCUGAAAGCUCGGAUGAUGAUAGUAUCAACAUGCCAAACCUGCGGAAGCCAUUGUCUGGUCAGCUCACCAUCAGAGUCGUUGCCGUCAAGGAUGUCGACCACGCCCCGACUGGGCGUUUCGCCCGAACCCCCGACACCUUCGUCGCUGUGAAGGUCGAGGACGCAGUCGUUGCACGAACCAGGGCCACGCGGAACGACCGAUGGGAGGCUGAGUAUCACAAUAUCGAAGUGGACAAGGCAAACGAGAUCGAACUGACGGUGUACGACAAGCCUGGCGAGCACGCUCUCCCGAUCGGCUUGCUCUGGGUCCGUAUCUCCGACAUCGCGGAAGAAUUGCGUCGGAAGAGGAUUGAGGCGGAGAUCAACAACUCAGGAUGGGUGUCGGCCGAUAGGAUGGCCAGCUCCAAGGCUCCUCCGUCGCAAUUCCCAAUGAAUCCGCAGCAACCGCAGCCUCAAUUUGGGCCUCCUCCGACGUCGCCGGGGUACCAAAGCGCCCAGGCCACCUACCCGCCGCCCCAAGCUCCAACACAAGCAGUAUCUCAGCCUAUCGAUGGGUGGUUCAAUUUGGAGCCCACCGGCCAGAUCCUGUUGAACUUCAACUUUAUCAAGCAGACCAGCAACACACACAAGUUCGACGUCGGUCUCGGUCGGAAGGGUGCCGUCCGUCAGCGCAAGGAGGAGGUCCACGAGAUGUACGGGCACAAGUUUGUGUCACGGCAAUUCUACAACAUCAUGCGUUGCGCUUUCUGUGCCGACUUCCUCAAGUACUCGGCCGGUAUGCAGUGCGAGGACUGCAAGUACACUUGCCACACGAAAUGUUACACUAAUGUUGUCACCAAGUGCAUCAGCAAGUCGAACGCCGAGACCGAUCCCGAGGAAGAAAAGAUCAACCACAGAAUCCCCCACAGAUUCCAAGGUUUCUCGAAUCUCACUGCCAAUUGGUGCUGCCACUGUGGCUACCUACUGCCUUUUGGUAGGAAGAACUGCAGGAAAUGCUCAGAAUGUGCCCUCACUGCCCACGCGCAAUGUGUGCAUUUGGUUCCGGACUUCUGUGGCAUGUCCAUGACAACCGCCAACCAGAUCCUCGAGGGCAUGAGGUCCCAGAAACAACGGCAGUCGCAGAGGCCAUCCAUGAGCGAGAGGACACUGCGUUCUGGCACAACCAGUCCUGGGGCUUCCCAAGCCUCGACCCUUUACGAUCGCACGAGCGGAGGCUCGUUCAAUACGGUAUCCCCCGAAGCUGCAGAGGCAGCCAGGAGAACCUAUGGCCAGCCUUCACCGGACCGGCCUGGAAACAGCCGCAUGUCCAGCUCGACCGACGCCGCUGCAGCAGCAACAUUGGCUAUGAGCGGAGCCGUUGGAACUCAGUCGCCACGGCCACAACAAGGCGGACAGCAGGAUUACAUGGCUCGCCAGGAUAGCUACGGACAGCCUCAGCCAGGACAGGAAGAUCCAUACGCCACUCAGCAACACGGCAGUCCCACACAGGGUCGGAGAUACAAUCCAGCCGAUUAUGCCAAUGUUAACCAAUACGCUCAACAGCCUCCAGUACAGCAGGCCAGGCCACCCGUUCAAGCCCAGCCGCAGCAGCCCUAUCAGCAGCCAAUUGCUGCGCCGAAACCGCAGCCGGAGUCCAUUGCCCCCUCGCCGACAUCCUCGACUGUCUCGGCUCCGCUGAAGAAGCCUCUCCCCUCGGCUACUGAUCCAGGCACCGGUAUGCGGAUCGGCUUGGACCAUUUCAACUUCCUUGCCGUGCUUGGAAAGGGUAACUUCGGAAAGGUCAUGCUGGCAGAGACAAAGAGGUCGAGGAAGCUCUACGCUAUCAAGGUGCUCAAGAAGGAGUUCAUCAUUGAAAACGACGAAGUGGAAAGCAUCCGGUCUGAAAAGAGGGUCUUCUUGAUUGCUAAUCGAGAACGACAUCCUUUCCUGACCAACCUCCACGCCUGCUUCCAGACAGAGACAAGAGUCUACUUUGUGAUGGAGUACAUUAGCGGUGGUGACUUGAUGCUUCACAUCCAGCGUGGACAGUUCGGAACGAAGCGUGCCCAAUUCUACGCGGCUGAGGUCUGCUUGGCUCUCAAAUAUUUCCACGAAAACGGUGUCGUGUACCGAGACUUGAAGCUCGACAACAUUCUCCUCACUCUUGACGGUCACAUCAAGAUUGCCGACUACGGUCUGUGCAAGGAAGACAUGUGGUUUGGUUCCACGACGAGCACAUUCUGUGGUACACCCGAGUUCAUGGCACCCGAGAUUCUUUUGGAUAAGAAAUACGGCCGCGCUGUGGACUGGUGGGCUUUUGGUGUUCUUAUCUACCAGAUGCUCCUGCAACAGUCCCCAUUCCGAGGUGAAGACGAAGACGAGAUCUAUGACGCUAUCUUGGCGGACGAGCCGCUCUACCCUAUUCACAUGCCUAGGGACUCUGUGUCGAUCCUGCAGAAGCUGCUCAUCCGUGAACCUGACCAGCGGUUGGGAAGCGGCCCCACUGAUGCGCAAGAGGUCAUGAGCCAGCCGUUCUUCCGGAACAUCAACUGGGACGAUAUCUAUCACAAGCGCGUCGCGCCUCCUUUCUUGCCUCAAAUCAAGAGCGCGACCGACACCAGCAACUUCGACUCCGAGUUCACAAGUGUUACUCCAGUUCUUACUCCAGUCCAAUCAGUGUUGUCACAAGCCAUGCAAGAAGAGUUCCGUGGUUUCUCUUACACCGCCGACUUCGAGUAG